UCCUGCCAGCGGAGAACCAGGCGGAUGCACUGAUGGCUCGUAUUUCUGUUGACUUUCACAUUAUGUUGUUGUGUGUCGCGGUGUGUCUCCCACCACCUGGCCUCUCGCCAUCCCCCCUUUGUCCGUCUGUAUGAUCGGACCGACUGAAGGUUAAUGUCCGGAGUGUGAAAAAGGCAGCCUGCCGGAUUGGUGCAGGCGGUGAAUGCGCUUUAAAAACCCUCCAUCUCUGCCCGACUGAGAGUCGACUGGAGCUGUCUGGCUGGUCCCACUUGCACUACUAUGACUCUGAGCUCCUGAAUAUUUUGCUUUUUAAAAAGAAAAAACCCAACUUGUCAUCCCUCUUGAAACCCAUUUGAUUCCUCAAUGGGUUCCCGCAGCCAAGGCUUCUUCCACCAUCACCACCACCACCACCACCGUAGCUCCAUGAUGCCUACUGUGGUGCCGAGGCUGCUGCCUGAGAGCGGCAGCCUGCUGGGAGGCAUCGCACAAAUCACCCCAAACCUCUUCCUCAGCAGAGGGAACGUGGCAUCCAACCGCAGCCUGCUGCUGUCCAAAGGCAUCACCUGUGUGGUCAACGCCACCAUCGAGCUCCCCAACUUCAACUGGCCUCACAUGGAAUACGUAAAGGUCCCUCUGGCGGACAUGCCCCACUCCCCCAUCUCCUUGUACUUCGACAGCGUGGCCGAUAAGAUCCACAGCGUGGGACGAAAGCGAGGAGCGGUGCUGGUGCACUGCGCAGCGGGGGUGAGCCGCUCAGCCUCUCUGUGUCUGGCGUACCUCAUGAAGUAUCACCGUGUGUCUCUGGCCGAGGCCCACGCCUGGGUCAAGGCCCGCCGCCCCGUCAUCAGGCCCAACGGCGGCUUCUGGCGCCAGCUCAUCGAAUAUGAGAGGAAGCUGUUUGGUAGAAACUCUGUUAAGAUGGUGCAGACGCCCUACGGGGUCAUACCUGAUGUUUAUGAGAGGGACCGCAGGAGCCUGGCUCCGUACUGGGGCCUGUGAGAGAGGCUGUGCCAACCAUCCACAGUGAGGGAUCGAGGAGGAAAGUGAAGUUGAGCCCUCUUGCCCUCCUGGACUGCAGGUUCUUGCGUGUCCAGGACAGGCGAAGUGAGACGCGUGUGAGUGUACAUCUUUUGUGAAGCUUAUUUAAUAAAUACUGGUGCGUUUGGACGGAGGGAGUUCAACCAAACCCUGGUUGUUGAUGGUCAUCCAACCAGUUGCCUUCAUUUAGUCUUUGAGUGGGAGCAAGGCGACUUCCAGCCCAGAAUCCUUAGGACCAAAGGAUCGAUUUUGGACCACAAUGAUGUCAGACACCAAAAUAAGAUCAGAGUGUGGAAGUGGGUGCUGUCUAUCUCCUGGUCUGUCUGUCCAGUUCCAGUGGAGGACAAGCGCUCUGUGAAGGCUGAGACUCUGCAGCUCUGACAGCGAUGUGACUGAAGUCCUUUUCCUGACGUGGUGUCAUGUGGUGGUAUUGUGCCAGUUUUGCAGUAGUCUUUAGUGUGAAGGGCAGCAGCAUGCUCUCAAUUUAUAGUAGCAUUUAAGAUAAGUGUACAGAAAAAAAACUACUAUAUAGACAUUAUUUUAUUGGAUAUGUACUGAUAGUGAGGGAAAAAAUGAUUAUGGGACACUUUAAGAUGUUAGUAUAUCUACCUUUUUGAAGGUGAAAAUCUAGAAGAUGUAAGCUAAAAGUCAGGUUUAGGGAAAGUUCCUGUGUACCACAGGGUUGACUGUUCCAUCCUGUGACCACACUAUGUUAUUGUAGUGCUAUUUGAUGCUGUAUUUAAAAAAAAAAUAUUUGCUGCCUCAAAGGAAACUGGUAGCUCUAUGAUAGAUGCGUGGAAGACUAUUUUCUAUCCUACUGUUUUUGCCUUGUGUCCAUAUUUGGGUAAGGUUGCAAAAAGGAUCAGUACUGAUUUUAUUUCUCUGUGUGAAGCAGCCUACUUUUGUGGUUUGUGCUCUUCUAAAGAGCGAUGUCACAUAGGCUGAAAAUCCUGCUUCUACUGUCCUACUGUUCUUGCUGUCCACACUGCAGAGAUACUGUUUAGCACUAAAUAGUUGUAGGGGUGAGACAAAGAAUUUCUACCACACAUCAAGAUUUUGCCACCAAUUUUAUCACAUUAAGGAAACAUAAUGCAGUGAUUGUUUGGAUUGUUGAAAAUGUCCUAUUUUACUGGGUCCUGUGGAGUAAACCAAAGUUAUAUUCACAUUGAGUUUUUACAUAUUUUAAAUCCAGCAUUAGACCCAGUGUCGACAUUAAUCAGAGAAGCUACAAUCAGCUUCCCAGAUUUGGCACUUCAUGGCUACCGUACAGCCUGUAUGGUGAGCCCUGUGUGUGGUACAGGAGCCAAUUUAAAUGCUUCAAUGAUGCAAUGCUAAGUAAAGCGGCAUCAGUGUGUGUUGCAUUUUAAUUUAUUCUCAAAUGGCUCAUUUUGUCCAAAAAACCCAGAUAUAAAGAUAUUUACAGUCGUAUAAAGCGGAACAAAAGGAGCAAAUUCUGACAUUUUAGAUGCUGGAACCAGAAAUAAAUGAUUAUGAAAAUUGUUCACAAAUGUAAUAAUUAUAAUAUAUAUGUUAAACCAUCGUUGUGGUUGUUGUGGGCAGUGAUACUCGUGUCAGUUUUGUAUUGUGAUUUCUUGACUCUCACCCCUACGCUAUAUAGUGUAAUAUCACUGUUGGAUGUGGUCAGACAUCACAGACUGCACGCAGCAGUGAAGUUGCGUGGUGUCGAACGUAACAGAGCUGACAUUUUAAACCCACAGAGAUGCUUUUUUCCAACAAUGCCACAAUAGAUUAAGUGUGAUAUUACAAUUUAAGAAAAAGACUUAAAGUUUAGGGGUAAAUAAUUGUUAGCAGGAGAAAGAUGCACAAUCUGUAAUCUGACUUCAAAUAAUUUCCUGCCCCAAG